AUGAACGAAUCCGAGGAAUACUUUCAGAAUUUGAAUGACGAUAUGCUAGUUGUAAACAAAAGACAUAGCCCUGUACGAAUUUCGCCGCAAAAAGCAAGAGCCCAAAGGGAUGCAUGGACGUGUUUUCGGGACAGGACGCGUACACAAAAUGAAAACUUGCAAACUACGCGACGAGAGAGUAAAUGGAAUAAGCAAAGAGGUGGAUACCUGGAAAUGAAUCGUUUUAUAGAUCAAAAUAUGCAGCAGGAGUAUGAAAAGCAACUUGAGUUGGCGUCAGAAGAAUAUGUUUUGGAUCCUGCCGAUUUGGAGGCUGUACAAGAAGAGGAUUCACAGGAAGUUCCUCUUGAAUUUGGGUAA